UAUAUUACUUUUUUAUAUUAAAUGACAUACUUUCAAAGUAAAUGUGUGAUAUAGAAAUUUCGAAAUUCUGAAACAUAGCAACUCUACAAAUAUAACGACUCUGUUAAACAAAAAAGCCAAUAUGGCGGAUCUUUUCACAAAAUAUAGUUGCACAAAUUGCCAAGAUGAUAUUAAUGGGAUUCGGGUUCACUGCGCUGAAUGUGAAAAUUUUGAUUUGUGUUUACAGUGUUUCGCAACGGGUGCUGAAAUAGGUACUCACCAAAAUAAUCAUGCAUAUCAGUUCAUGGACACAGGAACAGCUGUGUUGUCUGUAUAUCGAGGAAAAGGUGCUUGGACAGCUCGAGAAGAAAUUCGAUUACUAGAUGCUGUCGAAAAGUAUGGUUACGGCAAUUGGGAAGAUGUUAGCAAACAUAUUGAAACGAAAUCGCCCGAAGAUUCGAAGGAAGAGUAUGCAAAUAAAUUUGUAAAAGGCACUAUGGGACGUCAUACAUGGAUACCAGCACAGGCACAACGUCCAAAACUUGUUGAUCAUACAACUGACGAUACGGGUCCAUUGGGCGAAACAACUGUACAACGCAUUCCUCCACUUGAUAUAUCAAAUGAGGAAGCAGCUCAGUUGGGCUAUAUGCCAAAUCGAGAUAGUUUUGAACGUGAAUAUGACCCUGCUGCUGAACAACUUAUCUCUUCAAUAUCCUUAAGUUCUGAUGAUAGCGAAGCAGAUUAUCUCUUAAAAUUGGCACAUGUUGAUAUGUAUACACGUAGACGACGUGAACGUGUAAGACGCAAACGUCUUGUACGAGACUAUCAAUUGGUGACAAACUUUUUUCGUAAUCGUAAUUAUGCACUCCACCCAAGGCUGACGAGAGAACAAAAAGAUUUUCGGGAUCGCUUUAGAGUUUUUGCACAAUUUUAUACGUGCAACGAGUAUGAUCGCUUGUUAGCCUCACUCGAGAGGGAAAAAGAAUUACGUAUACGCUUGUCCGAAUUAUUUCGUUAUCGUUACAAUGGACUCACAAAGAUUGAAGAUUGUCGCCAUUUUGAGCAACAUGUUGCUGUUACCUCACGCCGCCCCGCUGGUCCUUCAGGUCAUGCAAAAACUGACAACAUCACACUCAACACUGGAAAUCCUCAGCAGCAAGGCUCUUCCGUACUAUCUCUUCCGUGCAACAACAACAGCAACAACAAAAAGGCCGACCAGGUAAAAGGAAACGUAAACUCAAAUUUCAUCGUACCAAAAAGCAUGCCCCGCACAGGCGUCCAGAUCUCCUCCGCCGCAUUAUUGCACAGCAAAAACUUUUUGGGUAGCUAUCGGGGAUCGUCGACUCCUAUGAAGACGUCGGCGAUACAAUCGAAGGCAAUGAUAAAAGCAGCGAACCUAAACAAACGCAAACAACAACUAAUACAGCAACUACGAACAGUCACGGCACACACAACACCCCUAAAGCAGUUACUAGUCACAAAAAAGGUUCAUCAACAAAAUCACGUUGCAAUCGUAAGCCAAGCAAUAGCAAACAAGCAACAGUUACAACUAAAACUUCAACAGCACAUAAAACAAAUAACACAACUGCAACAAAUGCAUCAAAGUCAACACAUAAAACAAAUGCAGCAAAUUCAACAAAUGCAACAAAUACAGCAAUUAAAAAAGAUAAUAAAUAAUAAUACUCAAUUGAAGCCAAAUUUAAAUGUUGUUAAACAAGCUCCUGCUAUGAUUACAAACGCGCCAGUAUCAGUUAGUAACAUUCUACGCUCACAAUUAGAUGAACUAAAGACACUUAAAGAACCGCUCGGUGCAGAUUUGCUAACAACCAAUGAAAAGCAAUUAUGUAAACUAUUUAAUCUACCUCCGACCAGAUAUCUAUCUCUUAAGACAUUAUUUUUAAGUGGUGCACCAGUUUCUUCUAAUCUAUCGCUUGUUGAAAAUUCUCUGCGCAGAUAUUUUAUAAAAGUUGGUUGGUUAAGUCAGUAACUGAACAGAAGGUAUUAAACUUAAGUUAAGAUAGGAACUCAGAAUACACUAAAUUAAAUUGGUUUAUUAUCGAAAAGGUUGUUAAAAUCUAUUAAAUUUAAGAAAAAAUAAAAAACAAGUUAAGUCUUUGUAACAGUUGCUAGUUACAAUUAUUAAUUAAACGACAA